AGGACCUGCGCGUUGGUCGGCUAGUCCCGGAAGUCUGCUUGUUCUUUAUAUUCCGCGGGAGGCUUUUGGUUCCUGGUCGUGUGGGACUGUUGUGUACAAGUUCGCUGCAGGAUGAUGCUGACUCGGCUGAAAGCAAAAUCGGAAGGGAAGCUUGCGAAACAGAUUUGCAGAGUUGUGUUGGAUCAUUUUGACACACAGUAUUCUAAGGAACUUGGAGAUCCCUGGAAUACAGUAAGGGAUCUAUUGACAUCUCCAUCAUUGUGGCAAUAUGCUGUCCUCCUCAACCGAUUCGUUUACCAUUUUGAACUGGAAAAGGAUUUACAUUUGAAGGGCUAUCACAGACUUUUUCAAGGGUCUUUGCCCUACUAUCCUAAAUUAAUGAAGUGUUACCUCAGUGGAACUCCAGACAGAAUGCCUUCAGAAAGACAUCAAGUUGGAAAUCUGAAAAAGUACUAUCUUCUGAAUGCUGCUUCUCUUCUCCCAGUACUGGCUCUAGAAUUAAAGGAUGGGGAAAAUGUUCUGGAUCUGUGUGCUGCUCCUGGAGGCAAAUCAGUAGCUCUUUUGCAGUGUGCCCAGCCAGGUGUUCUUCAUUGUAAUGAAUAUGACAGUCUGAGAUUGAGAUGGCUGAGGCAGACAUUAGAAUCCUUCAUCCCACAGCCUUUGAGAAAUGUAAUUAAAGUGUCUGAAUUGGAUGGCAGGGAACUAGGAGAUGCUCAGCCUGAAACAUUUGACAAGGUGUUAGUUGAUGCUCCAUGUUCAAAUGAUCGGAGUUGGUUGUUCUCUUCUGAUUCGCAGAAGGCAGCCUGUAGGAUACAUCAAAGAAGGAACUUACCUGUUCUACAGUUAGAACUCUUAAGGUCUGCAAUCAAAUCCCUACGUCCAGGAGGGUUACUUGUGUACUCUACAUGCACACUUUCCAAGGCAGAAAAUCAAGAUGUAAUCAAUGAAGUUUUAAACUCCUGCAAUAACAUUGUGCCGAUAGACCUUAGGGCAAUCGCAAAGAAUUGCUCCCAAGACUUCACAUUUUCUCCCACUGGCCAAGAAUGUGGGCUCUUGGUGAUUCCAGAUAAGGGCAAAGUCUGGGGCCCAAUGUAUGUAGCUAAACUGAAAAAAUUACACAGCAUGGGAAAAUGGUGACAUGAAUUUUGUUAACCAUCUUGAUAUAUUACUGUAUUUAUUCUUUUGAAGUCUCUAUUACUGUUUAAAUAAUUAUACAGUCGCUUUCCCUUGAUCAGUUUGGAAUCCUAUUAAUUUAAUACUUUAGCAUCUCAGAAGUUAGGUUUAAAAC